AUGUCUGGCACAAAACGUAAGGUCGAUUCGGCCGAGGACCGAAAUGGUAAACGCACCAAAACCAAGACGAAUGUUGCUCCUGCCACGGCAGGCGCCAAGCAGAAAUAUUUACCUCCGACUUUUCAGAAAAAGGGCAUUACAAGAGAUGCAAAAAAAAUGAACAGAGACAAGAAGCUCCACAAACAAGCCGAGAAACAAAAGCCAUCGAAGAAAGGACAUUACAAGAACAAGGACGAGGACGAAGAAGAGGAAGAUGACAUGAAUUCAGACAUCUCUUCCGAUGAGUCUGAUAUGUCAAUGAACGAUGAUGAUGAUGUUGAUGACAGCGAGCCUGUUGAAGAAGAAGAAGAAGUCAUGAAGGAGGAGGACGAAGAGCAGUCAGAGAAUUCGACUGACAAUGUUGAUGGCGAUAAAAAGAGCUCGUCUCGCGAAAGCCACGCCAAGCAAAAAGCUUUAGCACAGGAACGCAAGGCCGCAAAGCCGAACGCCGAUAUCAUUGCGCGAUCAAAAAAGCUGUGGGAGCGCCUGCGCCGUAAAUCUCACGUGCCAAAAGACGAACGUAAGAAGCUUGUUACUGAGCUCUUCGAGAUAAUCACUGGCAGGGUCGAGGACUUCGUGUUUAAACACGACUCCGUUCGCGUUAUUCAAACCGCAUUGAAGUAUGCUAAUCUUGAGCAACGGAAACUGAUCGUCAGCGAGCUUCAGGGACAUUUUAAGGAUCUUGCUGAGAGUCGUUAUGCGAAAUUCUUGCUCGGCAAAAUGUUGGUUCACGGAGAUGCCGAUAUUCGGGAUAUGAUCGUACCCGAGUUCUACGGACAUGUGAAGCGUCUUGUCAGACAUCCUGAGGCAUCCUGGAUCAUGGAUGAUAUCUACAGAACGGUGGCUACCAAGCAACAAAAGGCAAAUAUGCUACGCGAAUGGUAUGGACCAGAGUUUGCAAUUUUCCGGGACAAUGAUGGAUCCCAAGUGACUGCAGAACUGUCCACAAUCCUCGCAGACAGCCCUGAGAAGAGACCUCCUAUCAUGCGCAAUCUUUACGAACUUAUCAAUCAGCUUGUACAGAAGAAGACUACCGGCUUUACCAUGUUACACGACGCUAUGCUUCAGUAUUUCUUGAACACGAAACCAGGAAGUUCAGAAGCAAACGAGUUCAUUGAGCUCGUCAAGGGAGACGAAGAAGGAGAUCUUGCCAAGAAUAUGGCUUUCACCAAGUCGGGUGCACGAUUGAUGAGUCUUUGCUUUGCUUACUCCUCCGCCAAAGACCGCAAGUUACUCCUUCGGUUCUAUCGAGAGACUAUCAAAAUGAUGGCUGGAGAUGUUAACGGGCAUUUGGUCAUUUUGGCUGCAUAUGAAGUGAUUGACGACACCAAGCUCUCUUCCAAGUCCAUUUUCCCUGAACUUUUAAAUCAAGAAACCGAGGAGUCUGCGCGCCACGAGGAGUUGCUUCUUCAGAUUAAUGAUAUUACUGCUAGGGUUCCAGUACUGUAUCCCUUUGUCGGUGACAAGACCAAAUGGCUACUUCCUGCCGGCGAUGAGGACGUUCUGAAUGAGAUUUUCGAAAUCCGCAAGGAGACUUCCAAGAAGGAACCAGCCAUUCGCCGUCAAGAACUAGUUAAAGCCGCCAGUCCAAGUCUGUUGGAAUUCAUUGCAGCCCGUGCGGAAUCUUUGAUGGAGACUAGCUUUGGUUGCCAGUUCUUGUCUGAAGUGCUCUUUACUGCGGAGGGUGACAAGUCCGCAGCCCUCAACGCCGUUGCCGUUGCCGCUAAAUCCAAGACUGAGGCUCAAGACUCGCCAUUCGUUGGAAGAAUGCUCAAGUCUCUUGUUCAAGGCGGCCGCUACAACAGUGCCGAGAAGAAAAUUGAAAAGGUUGAGCCAGCUUUGAAUUUCGAUGCUUUGCUUUAUGAUAUUAUCAAGGACGACAUUCUGGCUUGGGCUACUGGUCCACAGACCUUCGUCAUCGUGGCUCUGACAGAGUCCGAGGACUUUGCUCAGAAGAGCGAGCUUCUGAAGACCUUGAAGAAGAAUAAGAAGGCUUUGGAAAAGGCGGCGGCUGGACCAAAAGAUUCAUCCGACAAAACAAAGAAAGCCGGGCCAAGUAGCAGUGGCGCCAAGCUAUUAUUAAGCAAAAUUUGA